AUGCGUCGUGGUCGUGAGACUCUUCUGACGCUCCUCGAAGCGUUCGUGUACGACCCCCUGGUGGAGUGGGGGGGCGGUCGCAAGAAGAGAGGUGCGAGGCAUGUGCGUGCAGCGCGUGCUAUGCUAGCCGUCAGGGUGCGAGAGCUUAAGCACACGGCUAAUGAAGUCACAGACCAACUUUUGGCGAUACUUCCGGAGGUGACAGAGAGUGCAGAUAAAUGGUUAGAGGAAAACGAGGAACUAAAGGCCGUAGAGGCGAAACUUCAGAUGUGUCAUCAGCAGAUGGCUCUCGUCAAAGAGAUUGAAGCGUAUGGAAACAACCUUAACGAUCAUCCGCUUUACGCCAUUUCACAAAAAUACACAUCCUACAAACAAGCUAAAAACGCUGUAGACGACUCGAUGAAAGCGCUUGUGAAAAUUUUGAACGAUUUUGAUACACAGAUAGAAAGUUUAGCAACAACUAUUGAAGUAUUAAACGGACCUCAAUUAAUGACGUGGGUUCAGGAGUUCUCUGGAUCCAAUGAAGACGAGGAACAGCCAAUCUUCGAGCAUAUAAAAGAAUUUUUAACAAACGCUGGACAAAGCUCAAUGAUAUCCCAAUGCGAGCAAGCAGAACAAGAACUGAACCAAAGCAUGCAACAGACGAAUCAACUCGUCAGGACCUGUCUAGAACUUCUGACACAGUAUGUAGCCGUUUCGCAGUACUAUCCCCAGAGUCAGACCGAGUACCAUCGUUUAAUGAUGUUCCGCAAAUAUCUGGCGGCAGCCUUAGAAAGUAAAUCACCAGAAGUGUGUCGUGAAGUAUCCAAUCAAGUGGCUGCCUUAGUGAAUGCUGAAUCCAAUACGGUCGAUUCUCAACAGAUAGUUGCAUACAACUAUCGCCUGCAACAGAUAAACACUGAAGCCACAGCAGUUCUCAACAAGUGCCUUGAAAGGCUUCAAGCGGAGGGAGGUCCCGAUGCUGUUCUUUUAGCGCAGGAAGCAUAUAUGGAGGCUAAAACUAAUAUCAGUAACUGGGUUCGGACGGAGGAGGGGGCUACAUCAGCGUUGGAAAAUGUUGUGAUUGGCAUGCUCUGUAACUUGAACAGACGUUAUUUGAUGUUGGAGAAUGGAGCUCAAAGCGCUGGCGACUGUCUUGUGGACUUAACAUCAAGGGAAGGGGAGUGGUUCCUGGACGAUAUGAGCUCUUUAUCUAUGCAAGCUGUCGAACUAUUAUCACUAUUACCUUUGCAAUCGGCCUCAGUCGAGGAUGCCGCUUUACCAGUCGCUGUAGAAUGCGUGAGAAACGCGAAUCUUCUGCUUGCAGACUUGGUACAACUGAAUUACAAUUUCAGUACAAUAAUUUUACCGGAAGCUAUAAAGAAAGUGCACUCGGAAGACCCCUCUGCACUGCUGAUGAUUAACGAAUUGAAUAAUGUAAUCCUGAAUACACCGAUACCUCUGAAUGAACUACUGACGCAGUUGGAGAUGCACUUCAGAUAUUUAGUCAUGGAUAUGGAGUCUCCAGCGUCAGGAGUACAGGUCAUAGCCGCGGAGCUACGGUCGCGCUACGAGACCCUGCUAUCAUCAUCACCAGAAAGUGAGAGCCAGUCAGCGGGACGCAUGCUACUGAUGGGCUUUAAUGGGCUAUUUGCAGCGGUAGAACUUCGGGCCAGAGAAUUGGCUGACCACCUAGCAGCGCCAGUGCCUCCCGCCUGGCGUAAGAUUGACCAUAUCAAUGAUGCUAUGCAUAUGUCGGCGGCAAUGCAAAGUCCGACUCUUCGCUCGGUCCUUGAAGAUAUCUUCAUAGUUCGUCGCAUCCAAACAGUUGCGGAAGUAUUCGCCCUUUGUGCCCAACUGGCCUUUGCCUUCCGGGGAACUACCGCUAACAAUACACCAGCUCCGAACACACUGGGGCUACACGAUGAUAACGCUCUCUGCAAACCUGUAAAGAGGUUUACAGCUGAGUACGUGUCGCGUUGCGUGCUGGGCGUGCAUUCAAAGGCCCUGGCAGCUGCGCUGUGUUUGUUACUGAGACGAGCGCAUCUUGAUCUUUCCGCUGAAGUCGAGCAGAAGGAGAUAGGUGCGUCGUGGAGCGUGACGCUGGAGUCGCUGUGCGAGAAGGCGCGCGCGGCGCGGGGCGCGGCGGCGGGGCGCGACGUGCGCGCCGCGGCGCUGGCGGGCGCGCUGCAGGCCAGCCGCGCGCGCCUGCAGCGCGCCGCGCACGCCGAGCGCGGCGCCGAGCGCGCGCGUGCCGCCGCCCGCGCCGCGCGCCUGCGCGCUGCCGCGCACGCGCACCUCCACGCCGAGGUGCUGAACAGCGCCCAGGACCCCAGCGGGGCGCUGUCCCGGCGCGCGCGGGAGUUGUUGGCAGCUUUGGAGAAACUACAAGCCGCACUCGACAAAACUCAGGCUCUCGUCUCUGCUGCGCACCAGAGACUGAAGUGGGGCGCCGGCGCCAACCCGGCGCUGCGCGGCGUGGUGCGCGCGCUGGAGGGCGGCUGGGGCGCCCGCAGCGCGCGCGCGCAGCGCCUGGCCGGCGCCGCCGCGGCCCUGGCGCCGCACGCGCGCGCCGCGCUGGCGCUCAGCGCCUCGCCGGCCGCGCGCCUCGCCCGCGCCGCCCGCGCCCGCGCGCAUGCGCGCUCCGCUCGCGCCGCGCUCGCGCACUGGGAGAAGGCAUGCUCGCUGGCGCAGAAGUAUUCGCUUGAAGUGUCGCCAGUGGAAGAGUCACUCAUGGAAAUGCUACACCCGGAAGGAAACAUCGACUCGCAAUGGGUGGGCAAUGUGUCGGCACUAGUGCGCGAAACGGCAAACGCUCUGAGCGAAGCGCGCACCCGCGCAGACGCCGAUGUCCAACGCGCUGCAGUGCGCGUGCGCGCCGCCGGCGCUGCGCUGCGCGGCGCUGCGGCGGCGCGCGAGGCGCUGCACGCGGAGCUGGCGGGGCCGCUGCGGGCGCUGCGGACCCUGCAGGAGGUACCCUGCGAGCUGUCUUGUUAA